AUGUCACAGCCAAAUAAGUGGUUAAUUGCCUAUAAUUCAAUUUCUGCAUCAUUAUGGUCCAUUGUUUUAUUUAACACUGUUUUCUUGUCGCUUACACUCGGUCAACCAUAUGUGUUUGAAAAAACAAACAAAACCACUACUGUUAUACAAACUUUGGCUGUGGUUGAGAUUGUCAAUUCAUUAUUAGGAUUGGUCAAGUCUCCAUUGUUUACUACUGUCACCCAAGUGUUUUCUCGUUUGUUAAUUGUUUGGGGGAUUCACCAGUAUUUGCCAGAUUCUCCUGCAAACUACCAUUGGUGCUACAUCACUUUAUGUUUAAGCUGGUCCAUCACUGAAAUUAUAAGGUAUUCGUACUAUGCCAGCAACUUAACUGGUCAAGUCCCAUUCUGGUUAACGUGGUUAAGAUACACAACAUUUUACGUUUUAUACCCAACCGGGGUUUUCUCAGAAGUAUGUCUGGUUAUCUUGUCCUUAGAUGACGCGGGAUUUUAUUACGGUUGGAUUUUGAAAAUAAUUUUGGUUGUCUAUAUACCUGGUUUUUACAUGCUUUACACCUAUAUGAUUAAACAAAGAAAGAAGGUCUUGAACAAAAAAACCCAGUAA